AUAUUAGGAACCAAUGUUUGCUCUGUUGUUCGGGGGGAAUCAAAUGAAUGUAACUCACAACAUCCCGUUGUUUCCAUGGAAGCCCACAAUGUCAGGACGGACAGUUAGCAUAAAAACGACAUCAUCAUCAUCAAUAACCCGUUCACACAUGUAGCGGUUUAUAACAUUUGAAUCUACAGCCAGCGGGAGUCUGUUCGGUUCAUGUGGACGUCGUCCCCCGAGCAGCGGAGCAGGAUGAACCGGUUCAACUCCACCGUCACCGCGGACGAGUACCUCGCGGACAGUGACGUGUUGUUCUACCUGAGCGACGCAGUGACUCAGCUGCUGGAACACAAAGAGGAAUACACGCAGUUCGGAGUGAACCGCUACUUCGCUGAGUAUUUCAGCAGCGUGAAGAACAGUAACCACGUCCUCUUCAGAGAGUUCAACUACAUCAGGGCGACUCCUCACAACAGAGCGUCCUUCAUCAGAGUCUUCUGGAGAUGCUUCAGGCAGAUCGGCAAGAGCGGAGAUUUACUGUCCGUGCUCGAGUACCGGUCGCUGCUGCAGCUGUUGUGUCCAGACUUCCCAGUGGAGACGGUGCAGAGUGCAGCCAGAAUCGUUCUGAUGGACGACGCCAUCGACUGUCUAAUGUCCUUCUCUGACUUCCUUUACGCCUUCCAGCUGCAGUUCUACUACCAAGAGUUCCUGGACAGCGUUCUGAAGAUCUACCAUGACCUGCUGGCGGGGAAGAGUCCCAACACCGUCUUCGUCCCCACCUCCGACUCCGUGGAGCAGCUCCCCUCUGUGGCCGCAGAGGAGAACGACAGGGAGCAGCAGCAGCAGCAGCAGCAGCAACAGCAGGAGGAGGACGGCGGCGUGGAACCGUCCACUCUGGCUCAGUGUAUCGACGAUCUCUGCGACAGGUUCAAACACAGUCAUCCCUCCAGGUCCUGCAUGAGGGAAGUUCUGGACGAAACCGACAAGAUCUGUUACUACAGCUUCCUGAUGAGCCUCGCCAAACACGAGAGCGUCAACCAAACCGUUGGAGUUUUACCGAGCAGGGCGGAGUUACUCGUCGACCCAGAGAUGGACCAGGAGCUAGACAAACUUUCUCCCUCUGACGUCUCUCGUCCGUCUCUUGUCCAGAAUCGCCCAGAUCUCCGUGAGUCCCGGCAGCAACAGCAGCGGCAGCGGGUUGGUGGGCGGCCUGAAGGAGCUGCAGAGGAAGGCGUCGCCCAGGAGGAACCUCCACCACCGGCGGAAGAUGGAGGUGGAGAGCGACGGCUCCACGGAGGAGACGGACUCCUCUGAAAACUGACCUCUGACCUUUCACCCCUCCGCGACAAGUCCUAAACUUGCCUUCCUGCCCCGUACACUCACUCACCUGUAGCGGAUAAAAGUGCCAUAGAUCACGACGCCCUGUGAUACAACACGUCACUUGUAAAGAGAAGCAGCGAGGAUCAGGUGAUAUAUAUAUAGAUAUAGAUAUAGAUAUAGAUAAUAUAUAUAAUAAUACCCACAAUGCUGCUGAAUGCAGGGCAGCACUCUAGAUUUGCAUGGUCACAUGACUAGGGCUGCAAUUAAUGAUUAUUUUCAUAUUUAAUCUGUUGAUGUUUUUCUCGAUUAAUCAAUUAGUUGUUUGGUUAAUAAAAUGGUGAAAAAUGUCGAUCGUGUUCCUCAAAACCUCAACAUGA